GAGGAGGAGGAGUCCUCAAUAGGAGGGAGAGGGGUGGAGGAGGAUGAGCGAGAGUCAGAUACCAGCAACGGAGGCAGACAGCGUACAGUGUUCUCUGAGGCUUCAGUGUGGGAGUAUGUGCGUCUUAACACACUGGGAGUGUCGUUCCUGAUCCGAGCAGAGCGUUGUGGAUGCCGUCCACUCAUCGUCACCGGCCCGACUUGCAAAAUGUCUGAUUUUGAGGAUUUCAGCAGGCCGGGGGGGCAGGCGAACGCGUCCGAGACCUACCAGCUGAACCCCACCAGCGUGAUCGUGUCGGUGGUCUUCUCCCUCAUCUUCCUGCUGGGCACCGUCGGCAACAGCCUGGUGCUGGCCGUGCUGCUGCGGAGCGGUCAGGUCGGAUACAACACGACCAACCUCUUCAUACUCAACCUGAGCGUGGCCGACUUCUUCUUCAUCAUCUUCUGCGUCCCUUUCCAAGCCACCAUCUACUCCCUGGAGGGGUGGGUGUUCGGCUCCUUCAUGUGCAAGGUGGUGCACUUCUUCAUCAACCUCACCAUGUACGCCAGCAGCUUCACGCUCGCCGCCGUCUCCGUUGACAGGUAUCUGGCCAUUCGCUACCCACUCCGCUCCAGAGAACUACGAACCCCUUGUAACGCGGUGGUUGCCAUGGUGAUCAUUUGGGGUCUCUCGCUGGUCUUUGCGGGUCCGUACCUCAGCUACUACGACCUGAUUGACUUCGCCAACAGUACCGUGUGCAUCCCGGGCUGGGAGGAGCAGAACCGUAAGGUGCUGGACACGUGCACCUUCCUGGUCGGCUACGUCAUCCCCGUGCUCAUCGUGAGCCUCUCGUACACCCGGACCAUCAAGUACCUGUGGACGGCCGUCGACCCUCUGGACGGCAUGUCGGAGUCCAAGAGGGCCAAACGCAAAGUCACCAAAAUGAUCAUCAUCGUCACCGUGCUCUUCUGCAUAUGCUGGCUGCCGUACCACGUGGUGAUCCUGUGCUACCUCUACGGGGACUUCCCCUUCAAUCAGACCACGUACGCCUUCAGGCUCCUCUCUCACUGCAUGGCCUACGCCAACUCCUGCGUCAACCCCAUCGUGUACGCUCUGGUGUCCAAGCACUUUCGCAAGGGCUUCAAGAAAGUGUUCAGCUGCAUCCUCAGCAAAAACGGGAGGAAUAAGGUCCACGUGGUGCACGUGGCCAACACCGUACCCGGGUUCGAGGCGGGCUCCACGGAGGUGUCGCAGAUGAACGAGGAGAACAUACGACAGAAUGAAUGUGAGAUGAUAAACAGGCCGAUCGCGGAGCCAAGGGAGGCCACGGUGACACUGAAUUUGCCCUUUCAGCGGCAGACUUGACGAGUGAUUCCGCUUCGCUUACAGGCUCAGCACAGAUUGCCUUUUGUAGAACAAAAAACAUUGUAACUAAUAUUUGAAGAGAAAUGUGUAAAAUUUACAAUAUUCUAAUGUUUGGUGGCAAACAGGGGAAGAGAUAAUCCAAGGAUUCACGCACAAACACACAGUUUCACACAUUUUUUUACUUUAAUACCAUGAACAGAUCAGACAGAAAGCUUUUACCCUAGACUAGAAAUAAAGAUGGACGAGUCUGUACAUAAGCAUCAAAUAAUUAAAACCAAACAGAACAGAAACAUUAGAUCUUGUGAUACUUAAAAUGACAGAAACCAUUUUUCUGGAAAAUGUAUUUGACUUCUACUUUCGACUUUUUAGUUUGGUACAUGUCCCAUCUGCUAACAUGGACGUGGCGGGGUUUACAAUCUAUACUGAAGCCAGCCACCAGGGGGCCAUCUAUAUGAUUUGGCUUAACUUUAGGGAGGCUUUCUCUACAGUCCAUGUGUUUUUACUAGGAGUGAAAGUUUCUCAGUGUUUCAUCCGUCAACCAUUUGCCUUAACCAUGAUUUGCAGUUUGGUAUUUAUUUAAAAACUCUUGGGUAUCUGAGAAUCGACACUUUAACGGCUCUUGUUCAGAGCAACACAAAAUGUAUCUCAUAGUGUUAUAAUGUUUUUCAGCUUCACACAGUGAGAGGUUGGUAACUGUGCAGGGAAAUCCAUCCCUGGGUGUGAUGCAGGUUUAGAGUCACUGUUCAUGCACAUUAAGUCAAGAAGCAAGAAGGAAAUCAAAGCUUCACCUCGGCUGAUGAGGGGUCCAUCCGGUGCAGGACAGUCACCUCCACACUUUGAACAUGUUCACCUUCAUGAUCUGCUGCAACUGAAAUUUCAACAUCUCUUUGAGUAUUUUUUUUUUUUCUACAUGACUUGAACCUUCUCUGUGACUAAAGUUGUAUAUUUGUUCUCUUUAGGUGGAGCAGGAGUUUCUUAAGUGUUUCUGUUUCGCAUCGUGCAUGCAGGUGCUGCUCGGCCUUGUCAAGAUAUUACUGGUAUCUUUGAAUAAUGUAUGUUUUAACUUAUAUCUUGUUUGCAAACAUCUUAUUAGGUUAAAUUUUAAAUAUAUUCUAGCAUAUAUAAAAUGUCUGAAUUUGUUAUUGAUACAUGGUUUACUGGUGUAAAGAAUCAAGUGUCAAAAGUGAUGAAAUUGGUAAAAGAUUUUAAAAGAAAAGUUUAUAUAUUUGAUAAAUAAUAUAAAUUAAAAGUUAUUGGUGGAAGACUCGAGUCUUUUUCAGACCCAACUUGAGAACUGAAGGAUUUCCUUGCUUUUCUUGCAUUUUGCAAUGACUGCAUUCAUGGCAUGUUUCUCUUCAGAGUAAAUUAUUAUAUAUUUAAAUGAACAUGUCUAUCAAUGAGUUCACUGGUGCAUUUAAGAGUUGUGUAUUUUAAAACGUGUGUAUUUAAUGUAUUUAAAAGCUGUGAAAAGACAUUGUUUACACUCUCUCUCUCUCUCUCUCUCCAGACGACGGCACACCCGCGGUAUCUCUCUCUCGCUGUAUAUGCUUGUGUCCUACCUCAGAGCUGUAAAAAGAAAAUAAAAACAUCUUCUCUUCGUCUCAUUUUGUUCCGAUUGUGUCGGACGCAAUUUUCUCAUUUUGCUCAGACUGAUUUACCUCCAAUGUGUUUACUGUGCCCUUGUAUUGUAUCGACCGUGUACAUAACAUGUCUCUGUUCUGUUUCACCAUGUAAAGUUUUCACAUGUUAUAGCCUUUAGAUUUAAAUAUAUACAUCCAUUCAAAUAGAUAUUCGUAAAGUAAUUAUUUGGAACACAAUGUAAUAUGCACUUCAAUGACCAAAUAAAAUAUUUUUUGCUGUGAA